CCCCGCGCCGCCGCCGCCGCUGCCGCUGCCCGGGGGGGCCGGGGGCCGCUCGGCCUCCUGUGCCUGGCGCUGCUGGGCGCGCUGGGCGCCGCCGAGGCGGAGUUCUCCAUCCUGGACGAGGCGCAAGUCCUGGCCAGCCAGAUGAGGAAACUCGCCACCGAGGAGCUGAGGGUCGUCACCAUGCAGAGGAUAUUCAACUCCUUCGUGUACACAGAGAAAAUAUCGAAUGGAGAAAGCGAAGUUCAACAGUUGGCAAAAAAAAUCCGCGAGAAAUUCAACCGUUACUUGGACGUUGUGAAUCGGAACAAGCAGGUGGUGGAAGCUUCAUACACUGCUCACCUCACCUCCCCCCUGACUGCCAUCCAGGACUGCUGCACCAUCCCACCCUCCAUGAUGGAAUUUGAUGGGAAUUUCAACACCAACGUUUCCAGAACCAUCAGCUGUGACAGACUCUCCACCACUGUCAACAGCAGAGCCUUCAAUCCUGGACGUGACUUAAAUUCUGUCCUUGCUGAUAACCUGAAGUCUAACCCAGGAAUUAAGUGGCAAUAUUUCAGCUCAGAAGAAGGGAUUUUCACCGUGUUCCCAGCCCACAAGUUCCGCUGCAAAGGCAGCUACGAGCACCGCAGCAGGCCCGUCUACGUCUCGACCGUUCGCCCUCAGUCCAAGCACAUCGUGGUGAUCGUGGACCACGGGGCCUCUGUCACAGAGACACAGCUGCAGAUUGCCAAGGAUGCUGCCCAGGUCAUCCUCAGCUCCAUAGAUGAGCACGACAAGAUCUCGGUGCUGACGGUGGCGGAUGCAGUACGGACGUGCUCUCUGGACCAGUGCUACAAAACCUUCCUGUCCCCUGCCACCAGUGAGACCAAGAGGAAGAUGUCCACCUUUGUCAGCAGCAUCAAGGCAUCUGACAGCUCCACCCAGCACGCCCUGGGCUUCCAGAAAGCUUUCCAGCUGCUCCGGAACACCAACAACGGCACCAGGCUCCAAGGAAAUACUGACAUGGUCAUCAUUUAUCUCUCCGCUGGGAUCACAUCAAAAGAUUCCUCAGAAGAUGAUAAAAAAGCCACUCUGCGUGUCAUCAACGAAGAAAACAGCUUCCUCAAUAACUCAGUGAUGAUCCUCACUUAUGCCCUCAUGAAUGAGGGGGUGACAGGGCUGAAGGAAUUGGCUUUCCUGCGGGACCUGGCCGAGCAGAACUCUGCCAAGUACGGCGUGCCCGACCGCAGCGCCCUGCCCGUCACCAAGGGCAGCAUGAUGGUCCUCAACCAGCUCAGCAACCUGGAGACCACCGUGGGCAGGUUCUACACAAACCUGCCCAACAGGAUGAUCGACGAGGCCGUGUUCAGCCUGCCCUUCUCCGACGAGAUGGGGGAUGGCCUGAUAAUGACUGUCAGUAAACCCUGUUACUUUGGGAACCUGCUGCUGGGAAUUGUUGGAGUAGAUGUCAAUCUUGCCUACAUCUUGGAAGAUGUCACCUAUUACCAGGACUCCUUGGGAUCCUACACCUUCCUCAUUGAUAACAAAGGAUACACUCUGAUGCAUCCCUCCCUGACCAGGCCCUACCUGCUGUCUGAGCCUCCUCUCCACACUGACAUCAUCCACUACGAGAACAUUCCCAAAUUCGAGCUGGUGCGCCAGAACAUCCUCAGCAUUCCCUUGGGCAGCCAGAUCAUCACAGUUCCUGUGAACUCCUCGCUGUCCUGGCACGUCAACAAGCUGAGGGAGAUUGGGAAAGAAGCCUACAAUGUCAGCUAUGCCUGGAAAAUGGUGCAGGACACGUCCUUCAUCCUGUGUGUGGUGGUGAUCCAGCCAGAAAUUCCUGUGAAGCAGCUGAAGAACCUCAACACUGUCCCCAGCAGCAAACUGCUGUACCACAGGCUGGACCUGCUGGGCCAGCCCAACGCCUGCCUGCACUUCAAGCAGCUGGCCACGCUGGAGAGCCCCACAGUGAUGCUGUCUGCAGGCAGCUUCUCCUCCCCCUACGAGCACCUGAGCCAGCCCGAGACCAAGCGGAUGGUGGAGCACUACACAGCUUACCUGAGUGACAACACACGGCUCAUCGCCAACCCCGGCCUCAAGUUCUCUGUCAGGAAUGAAGUGAUGGCAACCAGUCACGGCACGGAUGAAUGGAUGACCCAGAUGGAGAUCAGUGGCCUCAACAGUUACAUUGUCAGGCGUUACAUAGCAACCCCCAAUGGGGUGCUGCGCAUCUACCCCGGCUCCCUCAUGGACAAAGCAUUUGAUCCCACCAGGAGACAAUGGUACCUGCAUGCAGUGGCCAAUCCAGGACUAAUCACCUUUACUGGGCCCUAUUUGGAUGUGGGAGGGGCUGGAUAUGUGGUGACCAUCAGCCACACUGUCCAUUCCUCCAGUGCUCAGAUGUCCUCAGGACACUCUGUGGCCGUGAUGGGCAUCGACUUCACCCUCAGAUAUUUCUACAAAGUCCUCAUGGACCUGCUGCCAGUUUGUAACCAAGAUGGGGGGAACAAAAUCAGGUGCUUCAUCAUGGAGGACAGGGGGUACCUGGUGGCUCAUCCCACCCUCAUCGACCCCAAGGGCCACGCUCCCGUGGAGCAGCAGCACAUCACACACAAGGAGCCUCUGGUAGCAAAUGACAUCCUGAACCACCCCAACUUUGUGAAGAAAAACCUCUGCAACAGCUUCAGCGACAGGACGGUGCAGCGCUUCUACAAGUUCAACACCAGCUUGGUGGGUGACCUGACCAACCUGGUGCAUGGCAGCCACUGCUCCAAGUACAGGCUGACGAGGAUCCCGGGCACCAACGCCUUCGUGGGCAUCGUCAACGAGACGUGCGACUCGCUGGCCUUCUGUGCCUGCAGCAUGGUGGACAGGCUGUGCCUCAACUGCCACAGGAUGGAACAGAACGAGUGUGAGUGUCCCUGUGAGUGCCCACUGGAGGUGAACGAGUGCACUGGGAACCUGACCAACGCUGAGAGCAGGAAUCCCAGCUGUGAGGUGCAUCAGGAGCCAAUGACUUUCACAGCCAUCGAUCCCAGUCUGCAGGAUGCACUCCCACAGUGCAUCAACACCCAGUGCAACCAGAGGACAGAGAGUGGGGAUUGCUUUGGAGUGCUGGACUGUGAGUGGUGCAUGGUGGACAGCGAUGGGAAGACCCACCUGGACAAGUCCUACUGUGCCCCUCAGAAGGAAUGCUUUGGUGGCAUUGUGGGAGCCAAGAGUCCCUAUGUGGAUGACCUGGGAGCAAUAGGAGAUGAGGUGAUCACCCUGAACAUGAUCAAGAGUGCCCCCGUGGGCCCCGUGGCUGGAGGCAUCAUGGGCUGCAUCAUGGUGCUGGUGCUGGCCGUGUACGCGUACCGGCACCAGAUCCACCGCCGCAGCCACCAGCACAUGUCCCCGCUGGCAGCACAGGAAAUGUCAGUGCGAAUGUCCAACCUGGAGAACGACAGGGACGAGAGGGAUGAUGACAGCCAUGAAGACAGAGGAAUCAUCAGCAACACGCGCUUCAUCGCGGCGGUGAUCGAGCGCCACGCGCACAGCCCCGAGCGCCGGCGCCGCUACUGGGGCCGCUCGGGCACCGAGAGCGACCACGGCUACAGCACCAUGAGCCCUCAGGAGGACAGCGAGAACCCCCCCUGCAAUAACGACCCCCUCUCGGCCGGGGUGGACGUGGGGACCCACGAGGAGGAGCUGGAGCUGGACACGCCCCCGCAGACGGCAGCGCUGCUGAGCCACAAAUUCCAGCACUACCGGCUGCACCACCCCGCCCUGCACCACAGCCACCACCUGCAGGCGGCUGUCACCGUGCACAGCGUGGAUGCUGAGUGCUGAGGGCACCUCCUGCAGGCUGUGCCACUGGGGACAGCACAGCCACCUCCUGCAGGCUGUGACAGUGGGGACAGCACAGCCACCU